AUGCAGUUCAGAAAAAAAGGAAAAGAAGUUGACGAAGAAUCUAAAAGACAACUAGACCUAGAGACAUCGGCACACGGUGUGAUUGUUGAUGGAUUAAGUGUGGAGGAAGCUCAUUUUAGAGGAAGGAAGCUUCAGGGAACUACUGUUGCAAUUCCUCAUGGAUAUUCUGUUGCUAAGCAAGUGGUCAUAUCAAAGCUACUCCAUAGACAACAGCAGUUUCUACUGAAUAUGGAAAAUGAGUAUAUAGACGAAAUCCAUGUAGGAGCUGCAAUUGAAAUGCUGCACCAACCAGUCAGUGUUGAAGACCUGGAAGCUGCAUCAAUCGAUCAAGAAUUAGAGCUAUGA